GAUUCAGCUGGGUUUGGUCUGGCGAUCCGUCUGCAUCCGAUUCCACCGCCAAUUUCACCAAAAUAACCGGAUAAUAUCCACGUCUGGUGACCGUUACACGGAGUACCGCCAAGUUUUUCUGCUUCGAAGCGAUGUCCGUCGCGGGGUUUAAAAAGCAGUUCCAUAAAGCCACCCAGAAAGUCAGCGAGAAGGUUGGUGGCGCGGAAGGAACCAAACUAGAUGAUGACUUCAAAGAAAUGGAAAAGAAGGUGGACAUCACCAGCAGAGCCGUGUUGGACAUCAUGACCAGAACAACCGAGUACCUACAGCCUAAUCCAGCGUCCAGAGCCAAGCUGAGUAUGAUCAGCACCAUGUCAAAGAUCCGCGGGCAGGAGAAGGGACCCGGGUACCCGCAGGCCGAGUCCGUCCUGGGAGAUGCCAUGCUGAGGUUCGGACGGGAGUUAGGGGAGGAGUCCAGCUUCGGUAAGUGCUCUGAUCGAGUGCCAGCGCAGGUGAAGGAGCUGGGCGAGGUGAAGGACGCUCUGGACAUGGAGGUCAAACAGAACUUCAUCGACCCGCUGCAGAACCUCCACGACAAAGACCUCAAAGAGAUCCAGCACCACCUGAAGAAGAUGGAGGGAAGGCGUCUGGACUUUGACUACAAGAAGAAGCGCCAGGGGAAAGGGGUCCAGGACGAGGAACUCAAACAGGCGCUGGAGAAGUUCGACGAGAGCAAAGAGGUCGCCGAGCAGAGCAUGUUCAACCUGCUGGAGAGCGAUAUAGAGCAGGUGAGCCAGCUGGCAGCGUUGGUUCAGGCUCAGCUGGAAUACCACACCCGCUCGGCCGAAAUCCUCCAACAGCUCGCCAGUAAAAUGGAGGACAGGAUAAAAGAAGUGUCCAAUAAACCGAGGAAAGAGUACACUCCCAAACCCCGAAUGACUCUGGAGCUGCUGCCGUCCAGCGAAAGCCACAACGGGGGGAUCCACUCGGCCAAGUCGCCCGGAAGAUCACCAGCCCCCAUGGACCAGCCGUGUUGCCGAGCGCUCUACGACUUUGAACCAGAGAACGAGGGCGAGCUGGGCUUCAAAGAGGGCGACAUCAUCACCCUGACCAAUCAGAUUGACGACAACUGGUACGAGGGCAUGAUCAACGGCCAGUCGGGCUUCUUCCCCAUCAACUACGUCGAUAUCCUGGUGCCGCUCCCCCAUUAGUUCUCCCCCCCUCACCCUCCGCCAAUGACCUGACCCUCAAACCCCUCGACCAAUCGAGACACCCUGAAAAACGUAAAACCACGCCCUCCUUCUACUUCUUCUUCCUGUGCUCUUUGUGCGAUUCUGCUUUCACAAAAAACGGACUGCAAUGGCGGAGACGGGGAUGGACGAGACGAGGCAGUGGGACGGCGAUGGGAGGAGGAUUUUAAGUCUGAGAGAUGCAGAAAGAAAGGAGGGAUUGAAAGGGGAAGACAAGACGCAGAGAUGAUGAUCUUUUUACACCGCUCACUCAGCCGGGCGGCACUGGGAACCAAUGAGGCUUUGGAGACUUAAAGGCAGGGUGUAUACUGUAUGUACGUGCAUGUGUGUGUCUGUAUGUGCGUUUCGACUUGUUCUUACUCUAUUAUGACCGAGCCAGCACAAAGCCUUGCUUGUCUGUUAAAUUCCCCGACAGCUUCUUUUGUGCUGCUGUCUUUUCUUCUCUUCUUGAAGGGUUACUUCAGGGUUUUUUUUUUUAAACAAGGACUCUCUCAUUUUCUCAUGUUUUUGUGUCUUAGUGUGUGAUGGGAACAACCGUCUUUGAAAUUGGUCCAGUAUUAAGCAAGACGAAACUGCAACGUGAUGUUAAAUGAGCAAUUUCGUUGAUUUUGCAUCCACUAAAAGUUCAGUUUUUACCGCUGACAGGCCUAGUGAGAGUGUCUGACAACAUUAUGAAAAGGAUCC